GGUAGCGUGACGUCACCAGGUGUGUUACCUGCAGAUAAAAGGUGCGUCUCCACAACAAACCUUUAUUCUGCAGUCAUGAACUUCUUGUCGGGCGCGCUCGGGAACGACGGGAACGACGGCAUCGCCAAGAUCGCCGGGGCCAAAGUCGGGGAGAUGGUGGAGGACACCCUGAAGAAAGCUCUGGGUGGAGACGACAAGAAGGAGGCGGAGAAGGAGAAGGGCGGAGCCGAGGGCUCCGGAGAGGGCGGGUUCGGCAUCGGUGACGCCCUCUCAUUGGUCGGAGGGAAGAAGGAGGAGGACAAGGGCGGGUUCGGCGUGGGAGACGCCCUCUCAUUGGUCGGAGGGAAGAGCGAGGGGAGCGGAGGAGGAGGAGGAGUGGAUGUGAAGAACGCUCUGGGAGGACUGUUCGGGUAGAACCUGGUUCUGGUUCUGGUUCUGGGUCGUCUCCGUCACACCUCCAGCUGUGACCUCUGACCUCCGGAGACGCUUCGCCACCGUUACAGAUGUCGUCAUUUUACAGAUUAAUCAAUAAUGAAACAAUCUUGUGUUAAGUGAUUAAAUUCAGGAAAAUGUCAAAUUAAACCUAAUAAAACUGUCAAA